AGCCAAUGGCCCGCAGUUCUGCUGUCAAGGGGCGGGCUUAGUAAAAUCCCGAGGAUAGAGUGUUUCCAGCUAAGGAAAGUGAGUGAUGUUUAGACCGAUCCGGCAGGAUCCAGACACUUCUCAUAAAAAAUUACACAUUGUGGCAUACAGUCAUGGAAAACAAAGGGUUUAGUGCUGAUCUGAAAUUAACCACGGACUUAACCGUCGGGUUUUGAGUGCCUUUGAAACACCUACAGACUAGUUCAAAGCGUGGAUCGUGUCUCCUCGGAUAACCUCGGACAAAAAACAUGCAUUUUCCUAAAUGGAUGGUCUAAUGAUGGAGGGACAUAGCCAGGUCACCGCGUGCGUGCUGUCGGCCAGGCUGAUGCUGAUGAUGUUCGUCUCCAUGGUGAUCGCUGAUUCACCUGCUGUAGACUGGCCUUUGGAGCCUCCAAACAUGCCAAAGGAGUCUUCAAUGGAAAUGCUGCAUAAUGCAUCCUCCUCUUCGUCUGGAUCCUCCGCCAUAUCUGGAUUUUCUCUAUCACCUAGUUCGGUUACAUCCAAAGCCACAGAGAAUCACAGUAUUAACACUGUAUUUGGCUCGGUACUCACCCACUCCCUGAACUCAGACCGAGGCCCAGACCCUCUUGCCACACCACCUUUACAGUCCUUAAAGUCUGAAAAAGUCGUUGGAUCUCCCGCCAGAGUUUUUUCCAGACAGCCUCGAAAAGUAAAUUCUCAUGUGCCUACCUCUUAUAGAGUCCCCUCCUCCUGGGGAGCCAUCAGUCCAGCUCCUCAAUUCACACAGCCUACAGAAAGUUUAUCUGUGCUGCUACCUUCAGAAAGACAAGAUUCUCCUUGGAGAAUUUCUGAUGAGACUAUCAUUCCUGAAAUCCAGAAUGGAAUGGUGCGCAACAGUGACACCGAGAUUCCUUUUGGAGACUCAUCCAGCAGAAUUCCCGACCUUCAGUCACAACCCAUCCAUAACACAAUUGUAAAACGUGAUACGAGCAAUCUGCAGUUGGAGCAGAGUCAUAUUCUUGUAAACCAUCAAGUGACAUCAGCUUCUCUUGAGCCAACUAUGGUCCCACCUGUAGACUUCUUCCCAACUCACACCAUGGAUAUGGACUACGGUUCUGGAGAUUACCUAGGAACUGUGUCCUUCAUGGGAUCGGAGGAGAAUGACUACUCAUUGGUUAGCAAUCUACCCACCGAUGUGUAUGACUUUGAGGACUCAAACUCUGAGAUCUAUGACACCACAUUUCCUACAAGAGUGGUGAUGUCCUAUUCUAGCAUACACUUGUAUCCCACCUCUACAAGUGAAACUGGUCAUUUCUCCAACAAACAUGUUAAAAGUUUUAAUAGCAAUUCAACCUCAGAUGUCCCCACCUCUGAUUUAAACCAACAUCUAACAACCACUGUUCCCAUUUCUUGGUUAACAUCUCCAGUUUUUACCAGUAAACCCAGUGUUUUGACUUUUGAGCCUGGCCACACUAUUUCCUCAUCCUAUCCAACCAUCCAACCAACUAUAGUACAUUCAUUACUCACUCCUAUAAUAGCGUCAGAUAUCUUAAACCAAAAUCAGUCUGCGAAUGAGAGCUCAGAGGUGCCGCCCGACUGGGCAGCCACUGUCACCAUCCAACCCACAGAUAUGCUUUUGCCAGACAUGAACAGUUUGGAGUACUACACAAUUCAAUUGACCAAGGACAAUGGCAGCUUGCCAGAUCAGGCUGACGAUCGUACGACCUUUAGUCCUCCAAUCAACACUACACACAUAGCGCCCACCAGUACUUACAGCAUUGACCCAAGUUACAUGCUGACCGCAAUGCUUGAUGACAAUCUGCAGCCUGCAGACAACAAUUCCUGGACUGAGGAAUCUUCAACGGAUAUCUCUGGAUUUGAACCUUUUAACACAGAAGUUAAUCCGAAACGAACAAAUACUACAGUGCCAUAUUUGGAGCCAUCUUUCAUACUGACACCCUCAACAGACCAUUCAUCUUCAUUGGUCGGUCAGGAUUCAACCAUCGGUUUAGCUGCCACACCUUUCAUAACUUACAACACUUCCUUACUGGUGACCACCACACCUCCUAUGACUUUGGAAUCAGAUGACGUGUCAUCUAUUAACGAAAACCAAUGGAUUAUCACCCCAUUUCCAACAGAGACCUUCUUUCCUAGUACUGAAGUUAACACUGUAGUGACCACGACUGCUAGUGUAUCCUCGACAUACCCGACUGAGUCAACCUUUAAUAAAACCUCAGCUCCUCCUGUAACAGAGAUGGCAGAUGACUCGUUCCCAUCCGAAACACCAUCUGACACUCCAUUCACCAUGGUUACCGACAGUGAUGACAUCACAACGAUCAGUAGCUUUACAGUAACCGCUCCCACACAUAAUGACACUGAGUCUACAAUCGCAACAGUGACUACGAUAAGAGACUCAUCAGUUACAACCCUAAGCACAACUCCUCCAACAACCACUGCCCAGAAGAGUCUCUGCAACAUCACAAAGCCAGACACUUACUUGAUUAGAGUCGGGUUUCCCCCAGGGUCCACUGCAGGUUAUGCCAAAGCCAAAAUCAGAGAGAUUCUGAAAGAUGAGUUUAAUCGCUCAGUGGAGCUACAGGUAGUGAAAGCUCCUCCAGACUUAGUGUUUCGUGCUGUGUCUGGGCCAUUGGUUUAUACUGCCAUAUCAGUCAUUAACGCCCUGAGACUCUCUGCUCAGACCUCCAGCUCUUUUAUCAGUGUGUCACCCAUCAGUCCUGUACCAGACCAACAAUUUCACGUUCAUUCAGUGCUUCAGUUUGUACCCAGCCACAUAGACAUCCAUAUGUGUACCUUCAGUGAGCAUAUGGAAAAGGGUCUGAUCACCGCCUUAGCUGAAGUCCUCAGACGAUCACAGGAAUCCACUAACUUCACUGUACAUAUUUUAAACAUCACAAAGAGCCUCACUGCACCCAAAUAUCAGAAGGCUCCUGUGGAGGUCACCUUUGUGGUGCGUGACGCCCGCGGUUAUGUGCUGGGAGCAGAGGUCAGCGCCCUCCUUCGCCAGCUCAGUGUGGUUGAGUACAGCUACUACCUGGGAUACCCAGUAAAGCAGAUCGCAGAGCCUUUUCAUUAUCCUGUGCUGAAUACAACCCAACUGCUUAGUUCGUCAUGGGUUAGAACAGUGUUGCUGGGUGUGCUUGACCAGCCUGUGAGUGACAGGGUCUUCCAAGCUACCAUAGAGAGAAAGCUGGCUCUGCUGUUGGGUGACGCGCUGGGAACGGGACGCCGCUUUAGAAGAGCAACAAGUGUGGGAAACAACAGUGUUCAGAUUGUCCAGACCACUCGUCUGGUGGGCCCUGACAACCCUCUUGAGAUUAUUUACUUUGUUGAAGGAGACAACGGACAGAGGCUUCCUGCAGCAACCACUGCAAACAUGCUCAACAGUCUUGACAUGCAGCAUGCAGCUAUCGUCAUGGAAUACCGCAUCCAGGGAAUAUUAGCACAGCCUGUGGAAAAACAGGCCUCACCUCCCUCGGAUACAGAGAAAACCAACACAUGGAUAAUUGUGGGGGUGGUGGUCCCCGUGGUGGUGGUGAUCAUUAUUAUAAGUAUCCUGUACUGGAAACUCUGCCGCACCGAUAAACUGGAAUUCCAGCCGGACACCAUGAGCACAGUCCAACAGAGACAGAAGAUGCAGACAUCCAGCGUGAAGGGUUUUGACUUUGCCAAGCUGCACUUGGGCCAGCACAGUAAAGAUGAUCUCAUGGUCAUUCAAGAACCGAUGUCACUUCCUGUGCCCAGUAAGGAGCAAAGCCCACCUGAGAGCACCGAUAUGGCCACACCCAAGUCCAAGGGCUCGUCUAAAGCUUCACGCAAUGCCCAGCGCCGCAAGGGCCAAAUUUCUCCAUCAGAAGGCGAGUCUGUAGGAAGUGAUCCAGGCAGUGAGAGAGCAUCUCCUGAGGAUGGUACAAGACCUGCUGGGCUUCCCAGCGAUCCCAAACAGACUCAUAAAGUGGCUGUUAAUGGAUUAAACGGUCCUCCACCAAUGAGCAACAUGGAUGAAUCUUUAUCUUCAGCCUCCAUCUUUGAGCAUGUGGACCGAAUGUCUCGUGCAACUGACGGCCCCAAGCGUCCACCCAAUAAAAUCCAGCUCAUCGCCAUGCAACCCAUGCCAGCCCUGCCCUUACCCAACAUUCCCCCAAAUGACAGAGCAGCAGAAAACGCCAAGCUCCAAAAAGAGAUCCAGGUGGCUUUGAGGCACAAGUCUGAGAUCGAGCAUCAUCGUAAUAAGAUCCGGCUUAGAGCCAAAAGGAAGGGCCAUUAUGACUUCCCCGCAAUGGAUGAUCUCAUCGAUGGGCUUGGUGAUACCAAAGAGCAGGACCGAAUUUACCAGAAGGCCCAAAUGCAGAUUGAAAAGAUCCUGGAUCCAGAUAUUCACAUGCCUUCUCUUUACACAGAGCCCAAGAAAAGAGGGAAGCGUUCGCCUAAACAGAAGAAAGACUUGAAUGGUGAUGUGACAGAUGCUGACCGAGACAGACUUAUAACAACAGACAGUGAUGGGACAUACAGAAAAUACCCAGGAGUCAAUAACAUAGCAUAUGUGUCUGACCCAGACCAGGGCCCCGAGCUUCACAGCCCGUCCCCGACGGAUGAUGUUUUCCAUAGUCCGAUAUCUCCCCCUCCGGGCCAUCCUCCUCCCCCUCCUCCCUACCUGCCCCCUCAGCCAUCAAUAGAAGAUGCCCGUCAGCAAAUGCACUCUCUACUGGACGACGCCUUCGCCCUUGUGUCUCCUUCAUCUCAGGGAUGCACAGCUGGUAUCACCCUGCCUGGGGUCGGAUUCAACCCAACAACCCCAUCUCCUACCAGCCCACCAUCUCGUGGUCCACGGCCCUGGGGUUCGGGAUACCCACCCCUUAAUCCCUACACAGGGAGAUAUGCUGAAUUAGGUCUGCCUCCUUCCACGGUACAGGGUUUACUGCAUAGGCAAGGUUUGGGUUCAGGCUACAUCCCAACCGGUGAUGUUUUGCCUGUUGAACAGCUCCAGUCGGAAUCGCUGUACUCUGGCCGAGGGGUCAACACAGAUGAGCUGCCCUCCUCUGCCAGGCCACGGCCUGUUGGUGGAAGUACAGGUGGUCAGCUGCACCAUUUGACUCAUGCUGGUCUGGCGGGUCGUGUGAAUGAGAAUCGACAGCCUGGUGUCUUAAACUGGAGCCCGUAUCACGAGGACGACAACAAAUUCGCUAACAACAGAGACCCUACCUCCAGGAACGGCCUGAAGGAGCCAUCUGCCGCUUCGACCCACCUGGACUCUAUCGGCCUGGGCUACCAUCCCUCGGCUCCCCCUCAAGAGCCUUCCCCUCCCAACCAUUCCUCCGCCUCACUCAUCAAAGCCAUUCGAGAGGAACUCAUGCGCCUCUCCCAGAAACAGGCAGCGGUACCCAGUUACCACAGCUGAGACCCAUGAGCUCAAUCGGACUCUCCACCCAAAAACUGCACUAGACUGCACUGUACUUCCCAUGGAAGUGGCUUUUUUGAGAUGACGACUUGUAUGUUCUGUAGCUGCUGCUGCCACCCUGUGGCAGAGAGCGGUAGGACGGAAAGAGUAGACAUGUUGCCUUCAAGGCCCAUUUAUACUUCCACAUUGAAUCUGCGUAGCUAUGACAACAGCAGCGUAGCUGAUGCCAUAGCCUGACAUGCAUCUCUCUGAAAUUGAAAUGAUGUGUCACAUCCACACAAAACACAACGGUUGUGAUUGGACUACUUUGUUGCGGUGGAUUUUGUCAUGACACUGCUAGUUUUAAUAUUAUGAUGCAUCAAUAUUGAAACAUGCAUAUAUUUUUAGAAAGUUGAUGAUGAUAACACACCAUCAUUUACAGUUUUAGUGGUGCACCUGCUGAAUAAAACGUCAACGCAAAUCUGCUGGUGCAGAUUCGAUGCAGAAGUACAACAGGUAGUUUUCCCACAGUAUAGUUGUUUAUAAUAUAAGCAGUGUGUUGAUACAGUGAAAUUACUGUUGUUUACCUUAUAUACAGUAUGAUGACACUGCUACCUAAGAACAAAAACACAAAAGUUGUCUUUACACGGACCAGGGUUGCUGAAGCCAGAAUCUGUCCGUCAAACGUUUCCUUGUUAUUUUUCUUUUAGAGAUGUGCGUGUGCGUUUUAUUUUCACAUUGUGUGGUUUCUUUGCUGUGUAUACACUGCCUUUUAAAUAAUUUUAUACUUUGCACUGCCUCUUGUAGAUUCUCAUCACUGAAAUCAUUUAGUGUUCUUUGAUACCUUAACUUAAUUUCUGAAAUUUUGCGAAAGGAUAUAUUUAAUAUCAAUUUUUUCUUUGGCGUCUACUAAUAUUUUAUCUACAUCAUUUCCGCAUCAUACACAAUUUGCCUGUCCUGUUUUGGUGCUCAAUAUCAGUUUUAUGGCCAUGUUGCCUUCACAAUUCAGUAUUGGGCUCUAUAUAGUAUUACUUUAAUUGUGCAGUAAUAUUAUUUGAAGUACUGACAUUCUUCAUCCUUUUUCCAUUAUUAGUUUCGGUAUUAAAGGAAAACAUCACUGUUUUUCAAUAUUUUACUAUGUUCUUA